AUGUCAGUUCAAGAAUCGCCAGUAAUUCUAUCUAAAUAUGAUCCUCAGGGUCAACAUUUGGCAUAUGUCACCAUUGCAUUAGACAAACAACGUAUUGCAGUUGAAUCUACUGUAGAUAAUGGAGGAAUCAAUAGUGAGAACGAUAUAUUUUUUUAUUUGGAUGAUUCCAAUUUAAGAGUUACAUGUAUGGAAUGGAAUUAUAUUUCUUCAACUGAAACUUUGUGUGUCUUCAUUGGUUUGAAUAACGGUGAAAUUUGGGUUUAUUCGCCGCUAUCAAACGAAGUUAUUUACAAGUUAAGUACCGGAAAUCCAUAUGAAAUUAAAGAUUUGGAUAUCUAUAACUCAGAACUUUGGUCUAUCGAUAAUAACGAUACUAUUUAUCAAUUUUCGUUAGAUGAAUUUAAACUUAAACAACAUUUCAAAAUCGAAUCUUGUGUUCAGUUAAAUAAAGUCCAUGUUGUUCCAAAUAAAAAUAAUCAAUUAUUAGUUGCAUCGCAUUCUAUAUCUCUUAUAGAUACACAAAAAAAAGAAGUUGUUAUUACUUAUCCAGGUCAUAUUACUCCAGUAAGCAUUUUAAAAUCCAUUUCCGAUGAUUUUUUCAUCUCUGGUGCCAUUAACGAUCGUUUCUUAAAUGUAUACGACAUUAACUCCGGAUUGACUAAGACAGUUUUAGUCUCUCAAUCCAACGUCAAUACAUUUUCUAACUCUAGCCAAGAUGUCAUUGCUGUUACUACAGAAGAUGGGAAAAUUGAAAUUUUUGAAGAUCCGCUAGUUACGAAUACCAAUAAAAAGAGAGGAAACAAGUCUAAAAGAUCUUCUAAAACCAUCGAUGCAAUUUCUGAACAAUCGAAUAAAAUAGCAGUAAUAAAUAUCAACAUUAAAAACGACAUUCUAAAUCUAACCUGGUUAAGAAAUGCCACCAUACCAAGUUUUUCAACAAUACAAUGGAGAACUCUUCCAUCGGAGUAUACAUAUGAAAUCAAUUUAGGCAUUGGAACUUCUUCAGGAUCCAAAUCUAAUUCAUUAUACGGGGUAGAUUUGGCAUCAGCUAAAAAUUAUGCCGAGGGUAAUGCCCAAGUUACUUCUGGUGAUAACUUCAAGCAUGUUGCCAAUAUAAUUAGCCAAUUGGAAAAAGAAGCAGAAGAAAAAGCAAAAGAAGAUGGAGAAGCUGCUACUGAAACUUUAGCAGAUAAAGUUUCAGCUCUUUCAGUAUCACGCCUGAGCGGUAAAAAAGCUAGAGAUUCUAAAGGCUCAGGUAUGACAACUGGUACUUUUACUGUAGUAUUGUCUCAAGCCUUACAAGCCAAUGACCAUUCAUUAUUAGAGACUGUAUUGAAUAAUCGUGACGCCAAAGUAAUCAAGGAUACUAUAAUAAGGUUGAAACCAACUUUAGCUGUAAUUUUAUUAGAAAGACUGGCUGAAAGAAUUGCAAGACAAACACAUAGACAAGAAGCAUUGAAUGUGUGGGUUAAAUGGUGUUUAAUAGUACACGGAGGGUAUCUAGUGACAGUUCCAAAUCUAAUGUCGACAUUAUCAUCAUUGCAUUCUACAUUAAAGAAACGUUCGGACUUACUUCCUAGAUUACUGACACUAGAGUGUAAAUUAGAAGCUGCAUUGAGUACUAUGGAGACCAAAAAAGCAGGUACUAUAGAAGAAGCAAGAUUAGAUGAUGUUGCAACUUUAGUAGAUGAAGAUGAGGAAUUUGUAGAGUACAACGAAGAAUUAGACGAUGCUGGAUUAAUUGAGGAUGGUGAAGAAGAUUAUGACAGUGAAAGUGAUAUCGAUGAAGAUGUUGAAUACGAUGAAAGGGGUCAUUCAGGUUCCAAAUCUAACCACAUCGAUCACGACCACAGUGACAGCGAAGAAGAAGAAGAAGAGGAAGAAGGUUACAGUGACAUAGAAAUGUAG